UUCACUGAGUAGUCAGAGAUACUUGGAGGGGGAAAAGCAAAGUGAAAGGCAGCCGUUGCUUUUUCGUUUCUGCCAAGCUCUGAAAACUCUUGGGAAACAGAAACCUGAUGGAUUAAGGACUGUGUGGAGAACCAGUAAAGCGGAUUUCCAAGGAUAAGUUGCAGAUUGAAGAAGAACAGUGCCCGACAGGAAAUAUUCACUAAGAUUUCUUUCUUGGUGCAGAGAGAGUGUUUGGGGAUCUCUGAUAUUUCAGCCUCUAAAUUAGCUUCUCUGUGGGGCACAUAUGGGACUUAAGAAGGAAAGCUGAUGGGGAGCCCCUGAAGCAAAGGUGACGUGUGCCCAGCACAGGCAGAAGGACCCAUUUAUCAACUCUUUUCUCUAGUUUGUAUCCGUGCGGCAGAUUUUUAAAAUGCAACUGUGUGUGUUCCCUCCUGCAACCACUGGCUCUCGCAGCUGAGCUGGCAGAAGGCACUGGCUAGUGUGCGGCUGGACCAGGGCUCUGCUGCCCCAGCCAUGAGACAGCACACCUGGCUCCCCUUGCCGUACAUGCCCAAGCCCUUCUGGAGAGCAGAGAACCACAACACAACCAACUUCUUCUCUGCACUGUAUGGCUUCCCUAACCAGUCCUUCUUCCACAGUGACUUGAACCUGGAGGACCUGGGGGACUUUGGUAGCGGAGCCAAGUAUGAGGGCGAGUCCCAGAGCCGGACAGUGAAGGCGCUGCUGAUCGUCGCCUACUCCGUGAUCAUCUGCAUCUCACUGUUCGGCAACAUCCUGGUGUGCCACGUGGUCAUCAAGAACAAGAGGAUGCACUCUGCCACCAACCUCUUCAUUGUCAACCUGGCUGUUGCUGACGUGAUGAUCACCACCCUGAACACCCCCUUCACACUGGUGCGGUUUGUGAGCAGCACCUGGGUUUUUGGAAAGCUGAUGUGUCACAUCAGCCGGUUUGUUCAGUACUGCUCUGUCCACGUGUCUGUGCUGACCCUUGCUGCCAUUGCACUGGACCGGCACCAGGUAAUCAUGCACCCUCUCAAGCCACGCAUGUCCAUGGUGACAGGAGGGAUUUGCAUCAUUGUCAUCUGGGUUAUGGCCAGCUGCUUCUCGCUGCCUCACGCCAUUUAUCAGACUCUGACAAGGUUUUAUAUUGGAAACAGCACCAUCCGAACGGUCUGCCUCCCCAGCUUCCCUCCUCCUGCUGAUCUUUUCUGGAAGUAUUUGGACCUGACUACGUUUGUUCUCUUGUAUGUUCUGCCCUUGCUUGUGAUCUCCAUCACUUACACCAUGGUGGCCAAGAAGCUCUGGCUGAGGAAUGCCAUCGGGGACCUCACCAUGGAGCAAUACUAUGCCCAUCAGCGGAAGAAGAAGAUGACACUGAAGAUGCUGAUGGUGGUGGUGGUUGUGUUUGCCGUGUGCUGGUUUCCCCUGAACUGCUACGUGGUGCUGAUCUCCUGCAGGGCCAUCCACAGCAGCAAUGCUCUGUACUUCGCUUUUCACUGGUUUGCCAUGAGCAGCACCUGCUACAACCCCUUCAUCUACUGCUGGCUGAAUGGGAGCUUCCGCACGGAGCUCCGGUCCCUGCUCUGCGUGUGCCGGCCCAGGAGCAUGGCCCAGGGCCACGCUCUGCAGCCCAUCUCCCCACCGUUCCAGGAUGCCAAGGCUGAGAACUGCUGGCACAAAAGAAGCAGCACAUGCCAGAAGGCACAGACACCCUCCCAGAGGAACUCUGCAAAGACAGACAUAUCCAGCGUGCAUCCAAUUGUGGCAGAAAGCUAAACCCUUCAUCUGACAGCUGGGCAGCAUCACAUUGGGAUUGCAAAAUCAUGGGGAAAAUGGGUUUGGAAAGGCCUCUGGAGAUUGUCAAGUCAACCUUCUGCCCAGAGCACGUAAGCUUCAAUCUUUGACUGGGUCAUUCAGGACCUUGUUCUCUCAGGUGUCAGAAUUCUCUAGGGAUGAACUGCCACCUGUGGGCUCCAGAAUGAGGUGUGUUGAGUGAAUUUUUCACUGGAAUAGUCAGCAAAAACGAAGAGAAUUAUUUAACAGCACACGAAGCCUUUCAUGGUCUAAGGAAACACAGGGAAGCUACAUUGGUUAUACACACACCAGCUGUGCCCACUGUGGCUUGAUGUAAAGCUGUUUGGGCUCUAACUUUGUGAAUUGACAUUUCUUUAGCAUAAAAUCUAAAUUAUUUUCACUUUCAAUAGUAUUUUUUUUUUUUACCAGUCCUCAAGAACUGUGUCCUUUGUGGCUUCCCUGCCAGCCUGGCAGCCCUUCCCCAUUGGGUCAGCCUGUCUCUGUCCUGUAGUUAUCCUGUGGGCAGCAGCAGCAGCAGCAAUGACUCAGCAGCUGUGGAACUGGGGGUUCUGGCUUUUUCUGAGAUGGAACCAGCAUUGUGUUGGUUCCAUCACAAUGAAACAAACCAGACCUGCAGGUUUUCAACCCAAAAUCAGGAAAUAGAAGAAGUUUGACCUAUGAGAUGUAAACCUUUAUAUGUGAACCUUCAUGUAUUCCCUGCUCAGUUAAACUGAGCAUCUGACAAUGUGCCACAGCAUUCGCCUCAAGCACUGAUCCUUGUGUUCCAGCUACAUCACUGGUGGCAGGGUGCACCAGGAGUGCUGGUCCUGGUCCAAAUGGUGCCUCUGGAAUGCAAGAGAUAGCUGGUAUUCCUGGGGAUGUGGGUGCCUGACAGCCGGCGCCAGCAGCUGCUGCUCUGGGGACUCACGGCAGAGCCAGCCACCGUGUUUCCGAGCUGGGUUUGGGUCACUAGUGAGAGAUACCCAGUGGGAGCACAUGGCCAACUUCAGCCUAUGGCUAUGAAAAUCCACCAAAGUUGUGUUUUCCUCUUUCUCAGAAAGAAUAACCAGUUUCUUUGUGUCCAUUCUGCACUGGCUCAGCCUUUGUGAUGGUAAAGUGUUGAGCUUCAAAAGACAGUGAAAAGGAAAUGAGCUUCAGUCUCCCCAUGCAAAAUACUCUAAACUACACUUCUACAGCUGAGCAUUUCCACCUGUACCGGCAGUGUGUCACAGCCGCAGACCUGGGUGAAAGGCUGCUUAAAUCUGGAAAUCAAGAUGCUUUGAUGGGAAUGUAUUUGUAUUUCAAAAUGAAACUGUGAAGGGGAGGAAAGAGUAAGAGCAACAUGAAUCUUGCUUUUUCCUAAACUUAUUGUGGGAAGGAGGAGGACAAGAGCAGCUGGGACAGGGACAGGGACCUGGCAUGGCUUGGGACACUGCAAAUUCCAGUGACAUUGACAGUACAAAGGCUUCAGGUCAGUGCUCCUGUCUGAGGCAGUGAUCUCUUUUCCUUCACAUCUGCAGGAAUUACUCUGCAGAGGAUAUGCUAUGGGGAGGAAAUGGAAUUAGAAAAAUCUCUUCAGACAGCAAAUAUCCAAGGCUCAGGUAUUGGCUCUGACCAUAUGAGCCUUCGAUUUGGUUCCACUGGAGUGGAGUCCUGCCUGAAACUGGCACCACAGAGGCAGUACUGGAACCUUUAAUUUUGUCUUACAAGUAAAUUACAGCAUAAGCCAGACAUUACUACUAAGUUGGGUGUUUUACUGUCUGGAAAACUGGGAGUCUAUGACACUGCAAAUGGCAUUUUCCUAAUAUUACUGUGUGGAGGUUUCAAUAAACAAUAUGUUUCUUCUUAAAAAGUCAAACCAAUUACAAAUGCAAAUAAACAUUGUUACAGUAACUUAAAAACUUACUCUCAUUCAAAUGCUCUUCUCUUUACACUGGAAAAAGUCAGUGAGAUUAAAUAAUGCAGUUUGCAUGUGUAUCCCAACCCACUCUCAGAGAACUGUCAAACUCCUUACUCUGGGCUAAAUAAAUCCAACAGAGUCUGUUCUUGCCCCUCAUCCUUCAGCAGGAGAGUAUGCUGGGUAAGCAUCCCUCAGCCUUGUGCAGGCCAAGGUCAAACCCACAGGCUGCUUGUCUGACCAUGGCAGUAGGCAGAUGUCCCUCACCUGGCAACAGUUCUCCAAGGGACAGUUUGCUCCCAGUUGAAAAGCUGACGUUGUUUCCUCAUAGCACAUCCUAUGCUGAUCAUUACACAGCAGUGCUUUCCUCAGUAGGAGUCUGCAGUCUGGCAAUGUUGAGCUGCCUUAGAAAACAUUGUUUCUUUGAGGUGAUUGUUUUUGUAAAAGUCUGGCAAACUUCCCCCUGAUUACGCGCAACCUCCUGGAUGCUCUUGCUUUGAUACAUGCUCUGUUAAAAUAUCUAUGUGGUUGUAAUACAGUAAGAUUUGAUCCACCAACAUUUUUUGGGGGCUAACAGUCAAAUAAAAUACUGGUUCAGCACCCUCACUCUCCUCUGGGUUUUGUGUAACUUUUGAGUUAUGAAAAGGAGAUGAUAUUCCCUCUUACAAGAGGGUUAGCAAGAAAGCAUAGACUGCUGCUCCUGGCAGACACAAAUCCAUGACCAAAACUUUUGUCUCCAUGUGUUUUGACUUCUUUCAGCAUGAAAAGCCCUUUGCACAAAGAAGUGCUGUGGUUACCCAGGUGGGGAGUCAGCUGUGGAUGUGCCCCAACUGCAAAUGCUGCUUCAUUGCCAUGCAGUUUGUGCAAUUAAUGGGUGGUCCCAGCAGCACUUUUUGCCUGGCGCCUCGUCCAGGCAGGAGU